AUGGCCCAGGAAGGAGGCCCUCAACAGCAGGCGAUCAUGCUGCCCCUCAAUCCUGGACUUCCCAACCUUCAGAGCUGGGUCUGUACCAGUGUCAUUUGGGGUACCAGUGGUUCCUCUGUCAGAGGUGGAGUGGGGAAUGUCUCCACAGUGUGCAGAAAGCCCAAGCUUAUGGGGAGGAUCUCUGGUGGCCAGGAUGUGGUGGCCGGCCAAUGGUGGUGGCAGGCCAGCCUGCUGUCGGGUAGGCACAUCUGUGGAGCUGUCCUCAUCGACACCCACUGGCUGGUUUCCACCACCCUCUGCUUCCGCAACAAAUCCCAUGCCCUGGAGGACUACCAGGUUCUGCUGGGAAGCACCCGGCACAGCCAGCACACCCGCACGGUGCCUGUGAGCCACGUCAUCACUCACCGAGACUCUGAGAAGUUCCGCCCCUCCGGGAGCAGAGCCCUGCUGCAGCUGCUCCUGCCCGCGGACUUCACCUCCUCCAUCACCCUCGCCUGCCGCCCAGCCAGUGACACCCCACCGCCCCGUGCCUGGUCCUGCUGGACAACCGGUUGGGGAAUGCUCAGUGAGGGUGCAGACCUGCUCCCACCCUUCCACCUCCAGGAGGGCAGGGUGGGCCUCAUGGAGAACAAGCUCUGUGACACCUUACCGGGACAAUGACUUGGCAAAGACAGGCCCUACUUUGUGUAUGAGGAGAUGCUGUGUGCUGGGGACUUGCUGACUGGGAAGGCCAUGUGCCAAGGUGACUCUGGGGGACCACUGGUCUGUGAGGCAACCGUCCCCAGUGCCUGGGUUCUGGUGGGGCUGUCCAGCUGGAGCUUGGACUGCCAGCACCCCACCCACCCCUGUGUCUUCACCAGGGUUGCCUACUUUGCCAGCUGGAUUAACAAAGUCCAGAGCCUCAACCCUGCCCCUGGCCCUGACACCGCCCCUCCCCAGGCCCAGUCUCCGCACCAGUCUCGGCAGGCUGCUGGCUCCCCCAGGCCCCACACAGACCCCGUGCUGCCACACACCUGGCUCUGGCUCCCGCCGGUGCUCAUGCUCAGGUGA